UUGUUUCAACAAUAUAUUUGGUAAUUUAACAAGUCACAAAGACGUAAAGAUUGAUAAUAUAUUAUUAAAAUAUCACUGUAAAAAUUGUCAAAAUAAUACUAUACCCUCCUAAUAAUUUAAAGCUAUAAAUAACCGGGUUUUUACCAAAAUAUUAUAACAACUAUCAUAUUAAAAAGAAUAUUAUCAAGAUAUCGUUAUAAUAUUAUCAAAUUUAAUAUGUUAUCUUUUAAUUCAACCAUUGUAACUAAAUAACGAUUUAUACUUUUUUUUCACUGUUUGAAAGCACACGUUGAAAUAAUUGUUACUGGUGUACUUGAAGUUUAUGCAGCGGUUUUUGACAUUGUGUCAUUAUAGUAGAAUAUAGUACUUGAUCAGCUGUGUAUGAAUAUAGUAUAUAUAAUAUAGGUAAUUAAAAACUGUUAAGUAUAUAGUGAGUAAUAACAAUUAGAAAAAGUGUUUGAAGAUUUUCGCCUUGUUACAAACAACAAAGUUACACACAUUUUGUGGAAGAAUUUGAAGUUGUUUAAAUAAGUGUUGUCUAGACUCUGCUAUUUACAUUCAUUUGAAAAAAUUGAAGUAUACAGUUAUUACUUUGUUGUUAGAACGAGUGUUGUCUAGACCCUGCUGUUUACAUUCAUUUGGAGAAUUUGAAGUAUACAGUUAUUACUUUGUUGUUAGAACGAGUGUUGUUUAGACUCUGCUGUUUACAUUCAUUUGAAGUAUCAUACAGUUAUUGUUUUGUUGUUAGAACGAGUGUUGUCUAGACCCUGCUGUUUACAUUCAUUUGGAGAAUUUGAAGUAUAUAGAUUUAAUUUCUAAGCUUAUAUUAGAUUGUUAACUAUAAGCUACUACUUGGUUUUAAAAUGAUUUGUUUUAUAUGUGAAUUGAACUUUGGAAAUUGGAAAGCAUUAGUAUGUCAUUUUAAAAUAUUUCAUUCAUUAAAAAGCCAUAGUACUUAUAGAUGUGGCGAAGGUAAAUGUAAACAAUCUUUUCAGUCCUUAGCUACAUUUAAAAGACAUAUUCAUGCUAAGCACUUCCCAGAACUACAAUUAAUUUUUCAAAUUCCUGAACAACCUUGUACCAAUUCUUCACUACCAUCUCUUAACGCUGAAACUAGUCAUAGAAAUAUUCUUUUAACUGAAAAUGAAAAUGCUGAAAUUCCAUUUAAUUUUGAAGUAGUUAGUGAAUUGUUAUACAAGUCAGCUGUAGAACUGGUUGUUAAUUUACAUAGUAACAAUAAUUUUUCUAGAGUAGACAUUGUAAAUAUUCAAGUUGGUAUAGUAGAAAAGAUUUUAACUCCUAUUGUGUCCAUGUUAAAAAAAGUUGUAGAAGAUGAAAUAAAAGAGCCUAUUUUACUUUCUAAAUUUCACAGAGUUGCAUCCGUCAUCGAAAAUACUUUUCUUUACUGUAGCACUGAAUAUCGUUUAUUAGAUUGGCUUAUUAAUAAUGAAUUUUUGUCCAAAAUAAAUCAGUUUACUAUAAACAAUGAAAUUUGUCCAGUUCAACAUAUUGGUGAAACUAUAUUUGAUGAGAAAAAUACAACAGGUGCUUUAUUACCAUUAAAAUUCCAGUUUCAAAAAUAUUUUGAACAAGGUUCCCUGAUACUAGACUAUUUUAAAACACACAAUAAACUGAACGAUGGUAUACGGGCAACAUUAGUAGACAUACUUAUUGCACAAGUACUGUCCCAACAAAUACCUAUGUCAGUAAGUUUGGCAGAAUCACUAGCAAACCAAAUUAUUGCUAUGUUUAAAACAGAAGUUAAGGAUACAUAUUUCAUGAAAAUUGGUUGUAACAAAAAUCCCAAAGGGAAAUUGUACUCCAAGUAUUACAACUCUGUAAGAAAUAUGAAAAAUACUGGAUUAAUACCUACAACAAUCAUUAAAAACAAAAUAAUCACCGACAAAACACAGAAAAAUGGCUGGUUCGAAAAAGACUUAGUAUCUGAAAGUGAAAUAGAUUCUAUACUAGAUGUAUUGAAAUACAAUGACACUACAUUCCCAGAACUAGAAUCGAACUGGAAAGCUACUGUAAAUUAUAGAUUGAAUGAUAUUAAGAAUUCUGGAUCGACUACAGACAUUUUAAAGAAUUGGAAACAAUAUAAAGUUCCUUACGGCCAUAAAUUGAUUGAUAUUGAUUACAAUGUUCUAUUUCCUACUAAUAUUAAUAUAUAUCAAGACUUCAAGGACAAAUCGGAAAAAAUUUUUAAAUUAUUCGAUGAAAAAAUCAAAGAUUUAAACAGCCGAAAAAUAUUGGACACCUUAAAAAAUACAAAUGAAAUGAAUAUUAAUGAUAAUGUCAAAAAUUGUGUAUUGGUAUAUUUGCUGCAUGCUCUUUUUGCUCCCACUUCCAGAAAACUUACCAGAGAUGAAAAAGGAAAAAAGAAUGUAAUAAAGUAUUCAAUUAAAGAUUCACAAGACAGUUUAAUAGUAUUUGGUGAAUCCGUUGAUGUAAUGCAGCAACACUUAGAACAACUUAAAAGUCGCGGGGACCCUAUCCAACCAUUCAUUUUAGUUGUAGGAACUAUUUUUCAUCCUAAAGAAAUUUUAGUAUAUUUUGACACAAUUAUGUAUAAAGUGCAUUCUAUACUAAGGGCUAUAGAAGUAUGUUACAAAAUUUUCUACUUAUUCAACUUGGAAUACCCAAGUCAAUCAUCUAUUGUUUGGUUAUUCAUACAAAACUUCUUUUUUGGUGUAACAUCUAAAUAUGAUACUCCUCACCCAAAAUUAGUUCAAAUUUUAUAUGACUUAAAAAAUUAAUAAUUUUUGUAUUUUUCUAUAAUAAUAUUUUUAAAAACUUAAUUAAGUAUCACGUCCCCUUAAGCUGAAUAUUUUUUAUUACCUAUUUAUACUGAAAAGGAAUCAGAUUUAAAAUACAUAAAUUAACUGAUUGU